GAAAUACGAAAGCAUCUCUUUAGGACAACUGCACUACCACUUGAAGAGCGAACUGCCUGAAACAUAGCACAACAAAACAUCUUCGCUGACCACUGCAGCAGCAACUCCUCCGCGCGUGGCCGAGGUGAUGUCGUCGAUGAAGAUUUCGGCCAUGAAAAUCGUAUCGCCCAUGAAAGUCUACGCAUCGGCGAUGAAGUUAUCGUCGACGAAAAUGUCCUCGAUGAAGAUGUCCGCAAUGAAGGCAUCGAUGAAGGUAAGUGCCUUAAGAUUAAUUUCCUCCUGCUUACGACCUUGAACCAUUCGCGCCCUUCAUUGUGCAAAUUUAUUGGGACUGUGCAACAACAUUUUUGAUUUUGUGUGACGCUACCUCCCGAACAUAACUCACAUGCAGAUGGGCCUGAAGAAGAUGGCCAUGAAGAAGUCUACCGUUGCUCGCGGUCGCAAUCGCCAAGCGGUCGUGUUUCACGGUCAUAAACUCACGACCAGUGGAGGCUUGAAGAAGUCCGAUCUGAAGAAGAACGCGCAGGGCAAGAUUGUGUCGGUCAAAAAGUCCGCGGCCGCGAAGAAGAAAGCGACGUUUGCGAAAAUUAGCUCCUGGGGCGCAAGCCUGGGGAAAGCGCGCAAGGAGAUGGGCCUGAAGGGCUUCAUUUGCUGCGGUGGGAAGACGGCUUUGGGACAGGCACUGCUGGCCCGAACGCGGGCAAUCUACAAGCAGAGCACGCAGUAGGCUGAUACGUGUGCAGUCUCUUCUACAGCAUUUGUGAUGUUACUUAAGUAUUGAGCAGGAAUAUUAAGGAAGAAGCUUCAGAGACGGCCCUAACAGCUUCUAUCAUUCGUUGAGACCGCUCCCAGAAAAUUUAUUUCACCAAUGUGGUAGUUUAUUCGUGCAACACAAACCCUGUCUGAUGCGCACUGGUUAGUGCUCUUCGCUGUAGCAUUGUCGGCGAUAGCGUCUCGCCUUCGGCGAAAAUAAAUGGUGGAAUCUUCAUGCAGAGAUGGUCACCAGGAGCAGAUUUUAAUGGUAAAGUGACGUGCCGUGCUAGGUUAAUCACAUCUGAGGAAACUUUUUUUUUCGCAACAUCACGACCUAACAUGCAAUACAUAGUUUUGUCAU